GGUAGCAUGGGGUAGCAUGACAGGCAAAAUGCAGCACUUUUCAUUCCUUUAUUUUACCACUUAUUGACUUUUCCGAUCAUAUCGAAAUCGACGUCGGACGGAAGUGAUUUUUUUUCUCGUAUUAGAAGACAUCUGCAUGCAAAGCAAAGUUUGUUCGGGAAACUAGUCGGAUGGGGCUUACCUUGGAUGUUGCGUUGAAUUUUGGUUCAUCAUCAUAUCAUCUCGGCCAUGGAGAACUACUGAAACAGCACUGUUGAAGAUGCAAAACACAUCAGGAAUUUCCAUCUACAUGUAUUUGCUUGUUUGCUUAUUAUCAUGCCCACUCAUGAUGGCGUCAGCCUCAACGAGCAAUUCUACCACGAUGUCAACCUCGACAUCGAUGCCCAGUUCGUCAUUGGAGUCAUUGUCCAUCUCGAAAACACCCAUCUAUGUUGGUGGUUUCUUUCCGAUCGAGGGUCAUUGGGCUUUCGAGAGCUUACCCCAUACCGUCCAGACAGCAAUUGACCACGUCAACGAAUUACCAGGGAUCCUCGAUAAUUACGAACUACGCAUGCGCUGGAAUUGGACAAUGGGGAAUCCAGCGAACGCUCUACGUAGCUUGCAUGACUUCGUUUCAUAUGGACCACCGGUUUUGAUGACGUGGGGCCCGAUGUUUUCUUCUGUUGCUACCGUGGUCAAUGAGAUCGCUCCCGAAUACAACAUCGUUCAGGUGGUGAUUGCAAGCUCCAGCACCCUCAAUGAUCGCACUCACUACCCCUUGACUGUCCGGAUCUCGGUGGAUGAAGAUCUCCUCAACCCAGUUAGGGUAGCCUUUAUCAAGAAAAUGGGAUGGAGUCGAGUAGCCAUUAUCUUUGAAGAUACAGACUACUUUAGAGAGAAUACGAAGCAGCUGACACUUCUACUACGUCAAAUUGACGUCACCGUUCUCGCUACUGAAGCCGUGAACGACAUCAACAGUGCAGAAACCCAACUUGAAAGUUUGAAGCGUCAUGAUGCUAGGAUUAUAUUUGCCGGGUUCCUGCCAGAUCAAGCCGCCAUUGUUUUUUGCAAGAUUUAUCAGCAAGGGCUUUACGGCUCAAAGUACGUCUGGAUCAUACCCGGGUGGUUUCCUGACGGCUGGUGGAAGAACCAUGACCCGGAGGCAGUCCCAUGUACUUCUGAGGAGAUGGAGAUGAUGCUGGAGAAUCACAUUGGUUUCGAUGGAGAUCAAUUUGUCUCGGAUGUUGAGUCAAUUGAUUUCAACGGUGUUAAGCCGCAACCUCAUCACCUAGAAUAUUUACGCGCACUUCACGAGAUGGACGACAAUUCCCGCGACAUUUAUGCAUAUGACAACCUCAUCACCAUGGCGCUCAUACUAAACUCAUCUAUAGUAGAUGUAGAACAACAGCCAUAUAACAAUGAUGGGGAUACAGUCAGACCAAGAAGACUGGAUGAUUUUACCUACAUGGACAAAGAAAUGGCGGAGGUGUUCUUUAAGCAUGCUGGGAAAAUAUCGUUCAUUGGUCUUACGGACAAGGUAGAAAUCAGAUCCAUGGGAAUCAGAAGUUCACUAGUCUAUGUAGAACAGUCCGUUGGGUCCAAUGUGUUAAAGAUCAUGGCUUAUUCAGAUAAGGAUGGGAUGUUCCAUUCCGUGGGGAAUAGAUCAGUGACGUGGAAAGAUGGGAGGCAACCUGUUGAUGGGAUCACAUACCAACCCAUUUAUGAGAGAGUUUCCUCCAGUGUUCAGAUCGUCAUCUACUCUCUGUCUGGAGUCGGUAUAGUGUUAUCACUCAUCUUCCUCGCACUCAACAUCCAUUACAGGGAGUAUAGAACAAUCAAAAUAUCAAGUCCGAUACUCAACAACCUAAUCUUUAUCGGUUGUCUGAUGCUUUACAUUGCUACCCUCAUUCCUGGGCUCGACACAUCGUCUUACAGCGAACGUAGUAUCAUCGUUCUGUGUCACGUCCAGACGAGCCUCAUCAGUAUUGGCAUUUCUCUAUCGUUGGGGGCUCUCUUCAGCAAGACUUAUCGUAUCCAUGCAAUUUUCAAGAAAGCCGUGGAAAGACUAAAAAAGAUUAACUUGCCAGAUUCUAAGCUCAUUCUUGGGGUUUGCGCAUUGGUACUUGCUGACAUAAUUAUCAUCAUGUUUCGAGUAGUGGUCGAUGACGUUCACGUGACGUCACACUCUUUAAACGCUCAGCUUGAUACAGCCGAUCCAAACAAAGAAUUAUACAUCGUACCGACUGUGCGGACGUGUGAAUCAUCCAAUCAGAUCAUCUUUCAGCUCAUCAUGUAUGGUAUCAAGGGUAUCCUUCUCAUGUUUGGUAUCUUCCUGGCUUGGGAAACCAGAGAUGUGACCGUCUCCUAUUUGAAUGAUAGUAAGUACAUUGCGUUCUCUGUAUACACGAUAGCGGUAACGAUGGCGAUAUCCGUUCCAAUGAUCAACGUGUUCAUGUACCAGAUCGAUGUCUAUUUCAUCAUCUUCGGUUGUGCCAUUCUCUUUGCGAACACUACCGUUCUGUGUCUGGUAUUUGUACCGAAGAUUUUGCCAUUGUGCUGCUGUCAGCUUGGUCACGGUGACACUGAUUCGAGUCAAAUGACGCUGAGCUCUAGUCAUAUGAUGCAAAAAUCUUCUCGUGGGAUGACGAAAACUGAAAAGUCAUCCAAGGCUUCGUCAUCCCACCAUGCCUUCCAUUUCCGGUCUGCUGACGAGGGAAUAAACCAACUUACGGACGAACUGGAAAAGAAACGACAAGAACUGACAGCCCUUCAAAUUGAGUAUGAACGACUCUCUUCAGUGGUAUCUCAAGAUUGCGAGGGAUAACAUGGAAUAAUUUCUUGAGAGCGGAUGUACUAACCAAUCCCAUCAUGUAACAUUUGCAUCAUCCCAUUAUCGAUGAUUACGCAUGUUAAUAUAUUUUUUUUUUUGCAAAUUGUAUUAUACCAUGUCUUUAUAAGGAGAAUAUGGAUGUGUGUUUGGGGAUACCCAAGCUAGUGAGAGUGGGAGGGGGUGAGUUGAGAGUGAACAGGAACCAAGGACGAAUAGAAAAACAGUGGUAGUAGCCAUUUUCAUAGAAGAACUUAGUCGUGUGAGUCGGGGAGGAUCCACGAGGUCGAGGGAUCAGGAGAUCGUUUUUCUAUUUUUUUUUCUUCUAUAAAGAUGUUUAUUUAUAUUGAAGACUUCCGGCUUCGCAUAUUUUUUUUUCAUGUAAACCGAAAUAUAUUUCUCUAUUCGCGGUUAAUAACAAUGAAUUACGAAGGGGGAGGGUAUGAAAAAUACUCGGCCACGUGGAAGACCCCUGAGAGUCGUAGUGGACAUGUAUAAAAUCUUGUUUUUGGUUUAGUGAAAUCAUAGGGUCCAUGCUGAAAUCUUUGGAUGGUAAUUCAGUAAUAGUUCGUUUUAAUACAUUGUAGAUAAGUUUUACUCUUUUUUUGUUGGGGGCAUUAUUUUGCGUCUGUUUGUAUAUGUAUAUAUGUUAAUACUCGGAAUGUUUAUAUAUGCUUAUGUUUUUAAAAAGCACUAUACCCGCAGCUAGUGAAAAUGCACUUUAAUUAAAAUGACAAGAAGAAGAAUGAAACCUUGGAAGCAGCUUCCGUGGUAAAUGAUAUGAUUAGCCACUAAUUUAAUUUUCUAGUAGUUAGGGAUUUUCGUCGCCAAAAUUUUCCCUGCUAAAUUUAUCUACUUCUAAUUUUCUUUUGCAUAUAUCUACUCGAUUACGAUUGGGAAUUGGUGUCAAUUAAAUUUUCCAGCAGACAUGUGAGUGCAAUAGGUGUAGUAUUAUCACAUCCAACUACAGCAUGAUAUUCUUCUAUUACCAUAUAAUCAAAUCACAACUGUUUAAUGUCUAAUUAAAGAAAAGAUGAAUACAACCAACUUUAUCCCAAUGUUGGAGUAAUAAAGUCUAUGUGAGAUUAUGAUAUUGAUAAGAGUGAAUUGAUUUCUGAUGGAGAGGCUGAUAUCAGGGCUCCUUUCCAUAAAGACUUCUUUAUAAUAACAAAUGCACAAUUUCUAUAACAAAUUUACUAUCAGCCAAUCAGAUUGAAGGAUUCCAGUAGCGUUCAAGUGUUAUUGCA